AAAGGUCAAAAUCCCUGCUAGAAAAUGUUUAUAAUUCACCCCAAGUUGUUUUAUCAUUUCAAAGCUUUGUUCGUAGACCAACAGACAGCUGGCGAAGAAGGAAAAUGAAGGUCUUGAUUGUCUCCGUACUGGCAGCCAUUGUUCUGGCGACAUGCAAGGCUAAGGUUGGCAAGGUCUGCACGUCCCAGAGCCAGUGCGCAGCCGAUGAGUGUUGUCAGAUCGUCAACAUCGUCAUCCUCAGCAAGAAACGAGAACUCGCACUUUCACCUGUUCGCAACACCUCAGGCACCUGCCAGAAAUAUCACAAAGCAGGUGAUAACUGCAACUCCUUCGAUGUGCUGAACGGCUACUGCAGCUGCGCACCUGGCCUGACGUGCACCACCGUGCAGGUGUCCACCACACCAGCAACGGCUCCGCUCACGGCCAUGAAAAUGGCGCCUGGCUAUUCAUCCUUCUGCACAGUGGCUUAGAACCAACUGUUAAACUCGACGUUAGCGUCUGACUGGCAGUGCAAACUUCGUCGGACCUGAGAAGAACAGCGGAAAAAUAAAAACAACAUAAAACACAUAACGGUUCAAAACGAAUAAACCGUAUUAAAAGCCAGCAGAUUCGAUUUAUUUUAAGCGACAAUAUUCCAGCUAUUGCUUCCGAUUAGAUUAUUCUCAGGAUGUUCUCGAAUAAUCUUUUUCCAGAAUAAAAUUAAUGUCGUCGAA